AUGGCUACCGUGGUCGGCACAGGCGGCGUGUGCGACUGUCAGUGCGAGCAGCGGUGCGAGUCGGUGUGCAAAAGAGGCGGUCCGGCGGGGUCUGGGCGGGUGCGGAUGUGGUUCGAGGAGGAGAUUGAGGAAAACCUGAGAUGGGUCUUCGGCGUCACUAACAUCCUCCACACGGGCGUGAGCGAGUUUCAAGACAUCGAGCUUCUGGAGAGCGGGCCCUUCGGCAAGCAGGUGUUGGUGCUGGACGGCAAGCUGCAGAGCGCGGAGGCGGACGAGUUCGUGUACCACGAGUCGCUCGUGCACCCCGCGCUGCUCUACCACCCGCAGCCGAAGCGCGUGUUCAUCAUGGGGGGCGGGGAGGGGUCGACAGCGCGUGAGUGUCUAAAGCACAGCAGCGUGGAGAUGCUCGAGAUGUGCGACAUCGACAAGCGUCAUCCACGCACACUUCAACUCCCAUUUCCUUUCUCGUCCUCCCUCAAUCCGCUACUCCCCUCCCACCCCCCUCCUACCCCCCUCCCAUCCCCCUCCCUCUUCUCACCGCUUCCACCUUUCCCCUCCUCCCUCCGAACCCGUUCGUUCCUGGCCACGAGAGAAUUAGCCGCCCUACCCGUCCAUCCUCGUCUUGUCCUCAUAUUCCCUCUGUUCACCUUUCCUGCCCGUUCACCUGCCCGUUCACCUGCCCGUGCGGAGCCAUGGCAGGAGGUGGUGGAGUUCUGUCGGCGCCAUCUGACCAUCAACCGCGACACCUUUGCGUCGCCGCGCCUCAAGCUCAUUAUCAACGAUGCGCUUGAGGAGCUGCAGAGCCGAACAGCAGAGGAGGGGUACGACGUAAUCAUAGGAGACCUGGCUGACCCAGUGGACGGCGGCCCCUGCUACAAGCUCUACACUAAGUCCUUCUAUACCUCGCUGCUCAAGCCGCGCCUCAACCCAGGCGGCAUUCUCGUCACGCAGGCGGGACCUGCGGGGAUCCUUUCGGCACGGGAGGUUUAUACGCCGAUUUACAACACGCUGCGCCAGGUGUUCAAGUAUGUGGUGCCUUAUGCGGCGCAUGUGCCAUCAUAUGCUGACACAUGGGGAUGGAUCAUGGCGUCAGACACGCCGUUCCCGGAGAUGGCAGCUGCUGACGUGGACGCGAGGAUACAGCAGCGCGUGGACGGUGAGCUGCGCUUCCUGGAUGGUUCCACCAUGCUGGCUGUGGCCUCCCUCAACAAGCACCUGCGCAACCAAUGUGCAAUGGAGACAACAGUGUACACUGAAGACUCCCCACUCUUUAUCCAUGCGCUAGAGUUCAGGUUGUGUUCAAUGUCCAUGCUUGAGUAA